CGCGCUCGUACACGGCUGCAGCACACUCUAGCUCCCACCUCAACCGCCCCGCACACCGCCUCACCUCGUCCUCGUCGACCCACUUCAUCGCCUCGCCUCCUCGAAUUGACGCAACCUACCAUCGAGCCAUGAGCGGCGAGUCCAAGAUCCCCGUCGCCCGCGUCAACCGCAUCGUCAAGGCCGACAAGGAGGUCCGCCUCUGCUCCAAAGAGGCCGUCUUCCUCAUCUCCAAGGCCACCGAGUUCAUGAUCGCCCGCAUGUCGCAGCAGGCCUACCAGCAUGCGCGCCUCGCCAAAAAAUCGUCCAAGCUCGUCAAGUACGCCGACCUCGCCGCGACGUGCCAGACCGACCAGUGGUACUACCUCGGCGAGGUCAUCCCGCCGAGCCGCCCCUUGCACGAGGCCCUCUCGCUCCGCCAGCACAACGAGGACGUCCUCAACGCGCCCGCCGCCGUCACGAGCGCCGCCCCGGAGCGCGCGUUCGAGGGCAAGCGCGUCCUCAAGAGCAAGGGCAAGAAGGGCCAGCCCCUCGUCGGCGUCGACGGCGAGGUCGCGGCCCGCAAGACGCGCGGCAAGAAGAUCCGCCUCCCGGCGGGCGAGGGCGGCUCGGGCGACGACGACGGCGAUGACGACGCGAGCGCGAGUGGGGGCGACAGCGAGAGCGCGUACGAGGACGACGGCGGCGCAGGCGCCAUGGACGUCGACGGCUGAGCUGGGCUCGCGAGGUCCGUCUCUGUAACGCGCAAUC